CAAUGCACGAUGAAUGGGGCUAUGUUCCAACCCCAAAAGCAAAAAGAACGAAGAUGAGGAAAUAAAGUUUGAGUUCUUCACUUUUUAUUAAAACAGUCGUAUCUCCUUCUUAGCUUUGUUAAUAUUUGAAACACGCCUUUAGGACCCAGUUUCCUCUACUUUUAGGAGCAACAGCUGCCUGAUAGAGACUAGUUAGCCUCAAAGCUAGCGGUCAAGCUAACGCUAUUAACAAGACAGUUUAGUUUUAGAAGAAAGGGGACAAAACCGACUGUUCACGGAUAUUUCUGGAGGCUAACUGGGCUCUGCACUGCUAGCAUCUCCUUCUCCGAGGAACACGAACGAGAUUUCUACGGUCUUCCACUCCACCAUGUCUUUUACUUGGGAGGUUGUUGCUGAUCGGUUUCUCGUUCACCAAGAGAUAAACUCCAGUCCAAACGCUCUAGAGAUUAAAGUGGAACAGGAGGAACCGGAACCUGGACCAGUCAAAGAAGAACAGGUUGAACUCUGCAUCUCUCCAGAGGAAGAGCUGCUUGUAAUGAAGGUGGAGACUGACUCCGUCACAGUGACCCCUGCUGGUGACGACAUGAUAAAGGAGGAACCUGAGCCUGUAAUGAUUGAAGAGGACGAAAAGCAGCUUGUAGUGAAGCAGGAGACAGAGACCGUCAUGGUGGCUCCUGCCAGUAAACCAGAACCAAACCAAGACUUACUCCUCUCUGCAAGCGUUUAUGAAAAUGAGAGCCAACUUCAACGAGGAAGAAAUCAGAAAGACACAAAUGAAGUGAAAAAGCUGACGUCACGGAAGAAAAAGUCUUUUUCCUGUGAAAAAUGCGGUGAAAGUUUCACUCAGUUCCGAUACCUGACUGUUCACCUGAGGACUCACAAAGAUGGAAAACCUUUCCAGUGUGCCAUCUGCGGAAAAGGUUUCACCAAGCAGAGCAACUUGACCGCCCACAGGACAAUUCAUACAGGGGAGAAACCUUUUCCCUGUGGACUGUGCGAUAAAUCUUUCAGGACCAACGGUCAGUGGGUCAGCCACACCAGAACUCACAUAGGGGAGAAGACCUUUCCAUGCCCAACUUGUGGAAAAUGUUUUACCCAUAAAAACACACUCAACAGGCACGUGCAGAUUCACUCAAGUGGGAAAUCUUUGUCAUGUCUGACAUGUGGAAAACUUUUUGCCAGAAAGACUACCUUGAAUGUUCACGAGAGGAGUCACACGGGCGAGAAGCCGUAUAUCUGUAAAGUCUGCGGCAGUUCUUUCAAUUAUAGCUGGCAUUUGUCUAAUCAUGAAAUGAUUCACACAGGCGAAAAGCCGUUCUCAUGCGUGACCUGUGGAAAGAAUUUCAGGGAGAAAGGAAGUUUAAAAACACACAUCAGAGUUCAUACGGGUGAAAGACCUUUCGUCUGUCGCAUUUGUGGAAAAGGUUUUGCUCAGAAGUAUAAUCUGACAGUUCACACGAGGACGCACACAGGAGAGAAGCCGUAUUCUUGCAAAGCAUGUGGUAAAUGUUUCAGUGACAACAGUCAUUUCAGGCAACACAUAAGGUCUCGAAAAGAUGAAAAGCAUCUUGGGUGAUAGGAACUCAAUCCAUCAAGCAAUAAUCUCUAGAAACCCAGCAGUGGGGCUCAAAGGUUGAAAUUUUGAUAUUGAAAUCUUAAAAUGGGAAGUGUUAGGAUUGUACGAUGGAAUAUAAGGGCCAGUAGAGCAAAAAUGGAUAUGAGAAUAAGGUCGUUAUUGCACAAUAAAGUUGCAAUAAUAUGAGAACAGCCAUAAGAAUAGAGUAGAGUGAUUAAAUUCAGAUUAGUCAGAUUACCAGAAUGAGGUUGUCUUUUAGGGGAAUGAAGCAGGAAAGUGUUAGAAACGUACGAUGGAUAAUAAUUUUAUUAGAAUUCCUUCCUGAAACAUAACUAAAAUGAGGAAUGUCUUGUGAAGUUAUACUUUGGUUUCAGUUUUAUAAAAAUGAAAUACUUGAUUUUUAAGCAUUAAAUUAUUCUCAGUAGAUUGAAGCAACCAUGCAAAUGACUGAGUUUAUUUCAGAGAAAGAACCACAUCGACUUGCUGGGUUGAUCAUGUCAGAUCUUGAUAAUUUUGCUGUCAUUAAAACAAAUUUUUCCCGUAAUAUUCAAUAUCCUCUUUGUUUAACACAUAUGACGACCUUAUUCUUGUGAUUUCAAAAAAGAAAAUCGGACCUUGCCCUUUAAGGUCUACUGAACUUCUUACUCUAAGAAUGUUAUUGCUGGUCAGCUCAGAGUAAAGGAUUGUGUUUGCAUUUGACCCGUUUCCCUGAUUGAUUCCUUAUUAACUUUUAGACUGAUAUUGUACUAAAUCCCAUCCUGAACUGUGACUUUGCUGCAUUGUUGUUUUCUAUUAUUUGACUAUUAUAAAUGAGUUUCUAAGUUUAUUUCUUUUUCCUUCUGUGUAGUCGUCAGGUUGCAUGUUGAUAACUUUGAGUUUGGCUCAAUAUUUUGACUUUAAGGUUAAACUAUUGUGUUAAUAAAUUCCUACGCUUUAGAGAAACGUUAUUUGUGCUUAUUCUGGGUAUG